UCUAAACUGUUACUCAAAAAUUUGCUUGGACGUGCAGAUGACUUUAGCCAAUGGGGAUGCGUCAGUGAAUCUUCACAAUGUGAUUGGUGCCUCAGAGGCCGACGGGACAUCCUGAACAGAUUUAAAAAGACACAACUGUUGCCUCUGGAGGACAGACACUGAGACGGUGAAGGACAGCGAUGGCUCGUCUCACAACUCUUCUCUUUGCCAUGUGGCUUGGUGUGACAGUGAGCACAGAGGUUGAUCUGGAGAAGAGAAUCUACGGAGGUAAAACCUGUGGACCAAAGGAGCGUCUGUACCAUGUCAAGCUGUUAGACACUGUUGGAAAUUUUUUCAUUUGUGGCGGCUCUUUGAUUAGUGACCAAUGGAUUCUGACUGCAGCUCACUGCUAUGAGCCAGGACGGAAGUUCACCGCACAUAUAGGCGUGCAUCCUGGUCCUCCUACAAUAGUGGACAUCACAGAGAAACGUAAAAGAUUCAAGCGGUUCUUUUUCUUCAAACACGACCUCAUGUUACUGAAGCUGCCUGAUCCAGUUGUAGGUAUCGAUCCUGUACAAGGUCCCGACUGUCAACAUCGUCCCAACAUAGGUGCUUUGGUUCAGGUUGCAGGUCACGCUGCCACUACAGCUGGCCCAAAUAAUGAAAAACUACGUGGUUCUUCACCAACUCUGCAAUGUGCUGAUAUGAACAUCGUCAACUGUCAAGCGUCCUUACUGCAACUUGAGCACAGGAUCUGUUACAGAGCACCUGGGGUGGAUACAUGUAAGGGUGACUCUGGUGGAGGAGUGGUGUACAAGGACAGGAUUUAUGGUGUCCAUGUAAUGUCUGGUGCUACUUAUGUCUGUUCUGCAUCAGCUCAAGCAAUGGACCUCUGUUAUAAGCCAUACUUGAAGUGGAUCAAUAAGACUAUAAACCCAUCAGGUGCAAAUGCAGCUUUUGGUUCAUGGUGAAAUGUUCAGUUAUUUAACAGAAAUUUCACAUCUAAAUUUACAGUUGAUGUCAUUGUUCAUUAAAUCUUUAACCACCAUUUGUUAAUUUGUUAAAUAUUUUGUAUACAUUUGUAUAGGAAAUACAAUUUGUCAAAAUAACCAAUUGUGCAUUUUCCCAUAUGUAAAUUCUAAAGAUGGCUUCUGUUAUCAUACAGUCAUUGUAUUGGAAACAAAACUGUAACUGUAGACAUUAUACAAGUCUGUUCUUCUUUUAUAAAUACUAAAAAGAAAAUUAUAAAUUUGACUUUCUUUUCCCAAUGUUCUGUCAACUGAAAUAAAAUGAGUAUCAAUGCA